UCAAAAACCAAACGCAGUCCGGUAAAAUACAUCAGCUGAGGCUCAGAGUGCUUCGGUAUCGAGAAGAAGAAGUAGUAGGUUAGUUUCAUGUAGCUUUGAUAAACAUACUUAGUAUCUUAAGAACCUUUCACGUUAGAUAACUUACUGAAAUCCAGCCGCUCAUCGCACUUUCAACAUUCGGGGUGAGCAUGGCGCUGUCUUUGUCCUCACCGUGUGGAUGUCCCUAUGACGAGGACGAGGAAAUGGCUGUGUUUGAGUCUACGGCAGCAGAGCACGGAGGCCCGUCUAGACCGCGUCUACCUGAGAUCUCUGUCAUUUCCCCCGGCCUGGACACCUGGCCUCCCAUUGCAGAACCAAAACUAGCAGUGAAAGCUGCACCGGUGAGACAAGGUAGUUGUGACGAAGGGGACAAAGAGAGGGUGAAGGUUUUUCUGCGCAUCCGGCCGCUUUGUGAGACUGAGAGUCAGAGGGGAGAAGAACAGGGUUGUGUGGCUGUCCAAGAUGAAGAGACACUCCUGCUCAAAGCUCCAAAAGAAUCUCAGAACAUGAGGACCGCAGAGAGGGGCAUCACCCACAGCAUGCACAAGUUUAGUUUCUCAAAGAUUUUUGGGCCAGAGACCACACAGCAACAGUUUUAUGAGUCUACAAUGAAGAAGAUGGUGAAAGAUGUGCUUCAAGGAGAAAACAGGCUCCUCUACACUUUUGGUGUCACCAAUUCUGGAAAGACCUACACUGUGCAGGGCAGCGGUCGAGAGGCGGGCCUCUUGCCCCGGGCUUUGGCAUCUCUGUUCAGGAAACUGCAGGGUCGCCUCUAUGGUGCCUUGGACCUGAAGCCUGUCAUGUAUCAGGAUGUGAGACAGCUCGACUCCGGUGAGGUCAGGGUGGAGGAAAUCCGCAGAAACUCUCUGCUCAAAGAGGAUGGGAAUCUGACUUCUCGUCGAGGUGGUAACUCUACAGUCUGGGACAGCGGCAUUGGAGGACUCUCCUCUACAAGUAACUUUGCCACCCAGCUUGAAGACAGCGACAGUGUUUGUCUGGAGCCCGACAGCCUUUCACACAGUGGAGCAGAUGAUCUGGCGGAGGGGGUGCAGUUUUCUAUCUGGGUGGCCUUCUACGAGAUCUACAAUGAGUUCCUGUACGACCUACUGGAUGCUUCGCCCUCCCUGCAGCCCAGAAAGAGGGUCACGCUGCGGCUUAGUGACGACAGGCAUGGCAACCCUUAUGUGAAAGACCUGGCCUGGAUCCAUGUCCGCAGUGCCGAGGAAGCUUGGAGGAUUCUGAGGGCUGGACGUCGUAACCAGAGCUUUGCCAGCACUCACCUCAACCAAAACUCCAGCCGUAGCCACAGCAUGUUCUCCAUCCGUGUCCUGCACGUCCGCCCAGAGACGGACUCGGCCCAGGCCACGCACAUCAGCGAACUGACUGUGUGUGAUCUGGCUGGGUCUGAACGCUGCAAAGAGCAGCGUAACGGUGAGAGGAUGAAGGAGGCCAACAACAUCAACACGUCCCUUUUGACACUGGGACGCUGUAUUGCUGCUCUGAGGCACAACCAGAACAACAAGUCGCGACCCCCUCAAGUGGUGCCCUUCAGGGACAGUAAGAUGACCCGGGUCCUGCAGGGUUUCUUCUGUGGCAGAGGAACUUCCAGCAUGGUGGUCAACAUCAACCCAUGUUCCUCCAUCUAUGACGAGACACUCCAAGCCCUCAAAUUCUCCGCUAUUGCUACUCAACUGGUCCAUGGCCCGUCCACAAAGACCCGAGUGGCCUACAUCCUGUCCCUUCUGCGUGAGCCAGCAGCAAAUGGUAACGAAAGCACAGUGAUGGAAGAAGAAGGGGAUGAGAGUGAUGUUGAAGACGGAGAUAUCACCAUGUUGAAUACUGAGGCUUUGCUGCAGGCCAUCGAUGUCCUGAAGAGAGAAGUGCAGCGCCAGCGGGAAGAGAAAGAUGUUCUUGAGGCAAAUGUGAGAGAGCAGGUGGUCUCUGAGAUGAUGGAGGUCAUUUCUGGGAUGCAAGACGGCUUCAGUGAGACCUUGGAGGCAGAGAGGUCUCUAAUCGAAGAGAGGUACGAGGACAAGUUAGCCAACGUCCAAAAACAUUUGAAGAAAUUCUACAGCCAGGAGCUGAAGGAGCGUGAUCAGGAGAUUGAAGCUUUGUCUGAGGCCCAUGAUAAAACCAAGGCAGCUGAACCGGUCCGCAUGUCGGCGCCACAUGGAGACUCUGAGGGGCCUCGGCGCUCUCAGCGCCUCACUGGUCAGGCAGAAUAUGGCAGACUGCACGUUGAGCUGGACCAGUGUCGCGCUGAGCUGCUCGCCAGGACACAAGAGCUGGCGAAGCUGAAGAUGCAGCUGGAAGUCCCAGGUUCAACCUGCACUGUCACCAAUGCUGCUGACCGCAAGCUGGAGGACGGUCAACGGAACCUGCGUCAGUUGCGUCUGGAUUUGCAGAGGCUCGGGGCCGACCUGCAGUCCGGUGAACGAGCCUGCUGUCGCAACACGGGAGGCGAACGGCUGCGACAGGCUCUAACGGCUGCAGACGAGACACUGGCCAAACAGGACCAAAUCCUAUUGGACCUCCAGAAUGGCCUAAUGCUUGUAAAGGCUGACUUGAGGCGGAAAGCAGAGACCCUGGCCCAGACCCAGGCCUUCCUGCCCCCGACCCAGGCCGUCCUGCCCUCCAUCACGCCAGGUUCCUACAAGAAGAGGGGCUAUGAGGUCGCUGCACCAAGUGACACUGAGAACCGGCCGCCGCAAAAAAGGCCCCUUUUCCAGCCUUUGUUCCCGACAUGUACCCCAACGCGUAAAUACAAUACUCGUGCUGCCGAAGAAGCAAACGUUACACCGUACUCACGGAUCUUGCGGUCUCGCCAGCAGUCUCCACCUCGCAGCCCUGCCCCCACCCCUCGUAGUCUCAGGGGGAAGUACUGAGCUCUUUGGAGCGUCAGCUGGAGUGUGUCCUCUUUGAUAUUAUGCAAAAAAAAGUUUAAGUUUAGUAUUUUUUUCAUAUUAUAUUUUAUAUAUUCACAUUUUGAAGUGCAGUUAACUCACUUGUUAUGCCAACUACCGCUAUGAUGUUCAUGCCAGUGAAACGGUUUAAACAUGCUUUAAAUAAGGUUUCAGUACACUACAAAGUAAGGAAAUGAGGUGCUCUUGAUCCCAGUGGCUAACGGAUAUAGACUGUAUGUUAAGAAUGGUGCAUGUGUGUGUGUGUAAUUGGCCUUCGAUGUGAGUAUGUUUGUUUCUACAAUAAAGUCUAUGAAGACAUUG